UGUAAACGUCUUUAACUGUGAUUGUGCCAACUUAACAACGAUUCUAAUUUGAGACUGAUUCAGUAUAAAUUAUAUAAGAUUCCUUCUUAUAUUUUCAUAAUUAUGUAACCUAUAAUAAUGUCAUUGAUUUGUUGCGUGCAAAUUGUAAAUAUAAUGUGAUCUCUUCAUACUGAAGACUUGUGAAAUGUCUGAAUAAAAAUAUGUUUACGUAAUCUGAUUUUCAUUUCUGAUAGCUUAGAUGCCUUUCCCCAAAAUCGACCUUGAGAUACGCUGCGUGCUGAUGUUGCUGGAAAGCGCAUGCGUACCUUCCACACUCAAGUAACAGUAAUCAAUAAAGACCUCGCAAUAGCGGACACACUUUACCAAUAGUCGCAUAACAACAAAUCUCUCAAAAUGUUGCGGAUUCUACUAUUCCUCUCAGUUUUUGCAAUAAUUAAUUGCGAACCGGAAACUGUCAGAGAUAAUUUUGACUAUUUCAGUUAUGGUUCCAACGACGAUUUGCUUAAAAAUUUGGACCUUCAUUUGCCAAAAGACGAAAUAGUAUUGAGGCCUCAAGAAGUGAAAGACUGGCCACAACAAUCAUUGAACGUGGGACAAAUCACAGCAGUGUCAAUUAAUUCUCUAGGACAACCAGUGAUUUUUCACAGAGCGGAAAGAGUAUGGGAUGAAAGUACAUUCAAUGAAUCAAACGUAUACCAAAAUUUGGAUAAAGGGCCAAUCAUCGAGGAUACCAUUUUGGUUCUUGAUCCCAACACUGGUUCAGUGCUUCAUAGUUGGGGAGCGUAUGCAUUUUACAUGCCGCAUGGUUUGACAGUCGACCACCACGACAACGUAUGGGUCACCGACGUGGCAAAACAUCAAGUUUUUAAGUAUACACCUAACAAUCACAAAUACCCGAGUUUAACGAUUGGUGAAGCGUUUACCGCUGGUUACCCAUACAGACGUCGAGUGCUUCUCUGCAUGCCUACAGCUGUAGCUGUUGCGACUACAGGAGAAAUCUUUGUUGCUGAUGGCUAUUGCAACAACCAGAUCCUAAAAUUCAAUGCAGCAGGAACAUUGCUGUUAGCGAUCCCCUCUUACUCUGAUACCUUAACCUUGAACCUUCCCCACAGCGUGACUUUAUUGGAACAUUUGGACAUCGUAUGCGUGGCUGAUAGAGAAAACAUGAGAAUCGUAUGCCCGAAGGCUGGAUUGAAGAGCUACAUUAAAAUGUUAGAGCCUGCAACAGUCAUACAGGACCCAACUUUGGGCCGCGUGUUUGCUGUUACGUCUCAUGGGGAUACUAUUUACGCAGUUAAUGGACCGACGGCGCAAAAUAUAGCGGUGAGGGGAUUCACAGUGAAUGCAGUUUAUGGAAAUAUCUUGGAUACUUGGGAGCCGAGUACUGGCUUCACCAACCCACACUCAUUGGCUGUAACUAGAAACGGAUCGCAUCUGUAUGUUACAGAGAUAGGACCAAACAAAAUCUGGAAGUUUGAAUUGGCAGAUGUAUACGAUAAGAAGUAGACUAAAUGUUAUAAUAAGAAGUUCCAACCAAUUAGAGCUUUACGUAAAUAUGAAUAUAGAGAAAUGCUUUAAACAUGGAUGCGAAUGAAAUUCGCUUUGACGGCCAGUAACAAAGUGCAUAAUGUUUAAAAUUCAAAUAUAAAUCAGUGAGACGUAUAUAAUACACAAUUAUAUAGUGUAAGACUUGUUUAUCAUACCUACUAGCGCGCCGAUCUGGCUUAGCACGGGUAGAUAUUUUUUUACAAUUUGGGUUACAUUAUUGAAGUUUAAGUAGGGAUCCCUAAUUUUUUCAGUUAAUAAAUAUUGUGUAUGUUAUUCAGGAAUAAUGUAGAAUUUUAAUGGCAAAUAUUUCUUUUUAUCUCUAUCCAGUAGUUUUGGUUUUAUUCGUUACAUACAUACAAAAAUACAAAUCUUACCUCAUUAUAACCUUAAUUUAGAAG